AUCUUCCUUUUUUCCCUUGUUUUUUAUUUCCAUGGUCAAUAUUCAAGAAAAUGAAUCUUCAACUUCUCAGAAGCAACUUCCUAACACAUGCAUGCAUGCUCUUACUUCAAUUCACAUAUAUAUAUGCUCACAAAAUAUGCAUCACUUUCUCAAAAAAGAAAGGAACAUGUCUUUCACUACUUUCAGUGGCUUACUUUCAAGAAGGUACAACAACAUCAGCAUGGUUGAUAAUUGUUGGGAAACUUCUAUACCUAGAACUGGUAGUGAUGAUAAUCAUGGUGAAUUUUUUUCAUCAAUAAUUUACCCUUCUUACUCUGAUUUCCCACCUGGUUUCAAUCCCAAUGAGUUCUUGGAUGCAUUUCUUUCUGAAUCAAAUAGUUUAAACUGGAGAAACAGUUCAAGUGAGAAUCAACAAAGUAAGGAAGAGGAUGAAAAGUACUACUCUGACCCCUCUAUUGAUGUGUCUCUCUUACAAUCCUCCUCAAACAUUUUUGAAGAGGGAGACCCACAAAGAAAGCAGGACACAUUUACAAUCCUUGAAUCUGGCAUGCUUGUUGAUUUUUCAUCGCCGAUGACGAAUACAACAAAUUUUCAAGAUCCGUAUCUCCGCAACUUCUCUGAAAUGGCCUUAGCCGUUCCCGAAAUACAUAGCACUUUAGCUCCUCAACUAAAUUGUCAUAAAUCUAUUAAUGAAGAUGAGGACGGAGAUGGAUACAAUUGGAGGAAAUAUGGAGAGAAACGGACGAAAGGAGGCGAAAAUCCCCGGAGUUAUUAUAGGUGCGCAGAACCAAAUUGCACGAUGAAGAAGAAAGUUGGGAGAAACUUGGAUGGAAAAAUCAUUGCCAUUAUGUACAAGGGAAAUCACAACCAUCCCAAGCCUUCUAAACCUGUUGGAAGUGCAAAUUUUCCAUUAGUUAAUGAACUUUAUGCAUCAUCAUACACUGACUCGGUGAAUUUGAAUCGACAAUCUGUUGGAGGAGGUGUUGAAAAUCAACUUGGAGCACACACCAAAAGAUUGAAAGGAGGGAAUGGAAUCUAUAGCUAUUUGUUUCCGAGUGGGGGCAAAGCUAUAAAGGAACCCAGAGUUGUAGUUCAAACUACAACUGAAAUUGACAUUCUUGACGAUGGCUAUAAGUGGAGGAAAUAUGGCCAGAAAGUUGUUAAGGGAAACCCAAACCCAAGGAACUACUAUAAGUGUGUGAGUCCAGGUUGUAACGUGAAGAAACAUGUGGAGAGAGCUGCAGAUGACAUAAAGUCUGUGAUGACAACCUAUGAAGGCAAACACAACCAUGAUGUUCCUCAAGAAAGAUCAUCCUUUGCAUCUCGCAUAGCAUCACUCACCAACAACUUUGCAACCCCAUCAUCAUCAUCAUCACUUCCUCUUCAUGACACAAGCCUAUCACUAUCUUCACCAAGGGCCAACAAUGAAAAUCAAGCAAGUCAAGAACUUACUACUCUUCCCUUCAUUGUUGGAAUUCCAAAUUUCGGUAGGUCAUUGAUUGGUACUUCAUAUGCCAAUGAGGGACCAAGCUCAAACAAUGAAGAGAAGAAGGAUUAGUGACUCAAUUCAGGUUUGGUAGGAUUUCAGAUAUGUUAUAAAGUCGCGUUGUUUCUGCUAUAAAAUAUUUGUCAUUCUUAAAAUUUAGUACAGUAAUAAUUCAAUUUAUCUUGAUAUAAUCGUAUAAAGAUACAUUGAAUUAUAAAUGUAUUAGAUUUUCAAAGUGACAAUAUUUUGGAAAUAACACAUAGGAACUUGGUUGUUUUCAUAUUAGAAUAGAAUAAAAGAAAAUGUCAUGGACAUUUUGGUUAGCUCAGUGAGAUUAUUGUAGAUAAAUUUUGG